AAACUAAAAUUAUUUAAGCUGAUAUCUGUGAAAGGGAGAGGAGGAAGGGGGUCAGCUUCGCCGCCAUUUUGUUGUAGUCCGGAGGAGGAGGAAGGGAGGAGUUCCAGGCUGGAGAGUGUGUUCCUAGUGAGGAGGAGAAAAGCCACCGGGGUCUAAUUGAAGGCAUACAGUGUUUACAAGGAAACACCUCCAAAUAGAUCACCUGACUGAGGAUGGAGAAGGAGCGGAGUCACAUGACUGAGAGGAUACUAAACCUCACGUUGGAGAUCAUCUACCUUCUGACCGGACAGAAUUAUAUCGCUUUCAAGUUGUCCGAUGGCUUGGUGGCCUCCAACGUGAGAAAGACCCAAAGUCCCUUUACAGAUCCUCCAUCUCACGCCCUGAGAACAAACAACAAGAAGGUCGAAGAAGUAACCAGCCAAAUCAUUGAACUUCUGAAAGGAGAGGUUCCUAAAGAGUACAAGGAUGUCUCUGUCUCUUUAUCCCUGGAAGAGGUGGAAGACAUAGAAGAACAAAAGGAUCCCAAGGACGUCAUGAUGGAGAAGCGGCCGCCCCUCACAUCUCCGGAUGGAUCCAGUAACAGGAACCCACCAGAGAGAUGUCCCCGUCCUCUGUAUUCCCGGGACUCCACACAGGAAGACAGCAAGAUUCCAGAGGAUGAUCCGGUUGUUGUGAAUAUAAGCCAGACCGAUGGUGAAGCCGAAGCCAGAGGGGAAACCGAAGACACUGAUAUUAGUGAAGAUGAGCUGUAUAAGGAGGAUGACAUCCAUGUGGAGAUCGGCACAGACACCAGAGACACCCUAAUAAGAAGUGUUAAGGAAGAAGAUGAAGAGGAAAUACUUGUAAAGAUCAAAGAGGAGGAAAUUCCUUUAGAGAUUGGUAGAGAUGGAGGAGACAACAGGAUUAAUAUGGAGAGCUACUCUGUGAUUUCUAUAGAUGGUAAAAUAGAGGAUGAUAUCAAAGAGGAUUCUUCCGGAGAGAACCCCAUUUCCUCGAGUCAUCUAACUCUUGACAGCGCAGAUCCGUUAUCCGAUUCCUCGUUACAAGGCGAAAGCUUUCCCGCCCAGAGGAACUUUACUGCGGAUAAACCAUAUUUAUGUUAUGUAUGCGGAAGAUUUUUCUCUCGGAAAACACAUCUAAUCGAACAUGAAAGAACCCACACGGGAGAGAAGCCCUUUUCGUGUUCAGAGUGCGGGAAAUGUUUUAUGCAGAAGUCGGCUUUGGCUCUCCAUCAGCGGGUUCACACAGGGGAGCUGUAUCCGUGUCCAGAGUGCGGGAAGUGUUUUACUAGGUUAUCACAUCUCAUCCCGCACCAGAGGACCCACAGCGGGGUGAAGCCGUUUUCCUGCUCCGAGUGCGGGAAGAGUUUUCUGCAGAAGUCAGCCGUCACCAGACACAUGAGGAUCCACACAGGGGAGAAGCCGUAUGCCUGUUCGAUAUGUGGGAAAUGCUUCUCCAUGAAAUCGAACGUGAUUGAACACGAGAGAACUCACACUGGCGAGAAGCCCUUUUCGUGUACGGAGUGCGGGAAGUGUUUUACGGAAAGGUCCAAUCUCGCCACGCAUCAGAUAAUCCACACUGGCGUCCGACCGUAUUCCUGUUCUGUUUGUGGCAGGGGAUUUACCACGAAGCAGAAUUUGCUUAAACACCAGCAGGUCCACACAAACGCUAAGUCGCGCGCCAGUUCCGAGUGAAGAAAACGGUCUUUGGAGAAACUGUCUCUUACAUCACAUCUCAUUUCCUGCAGGGGAUAAGAGCUUCCAGAUGAGUCAACUCAGGUGCUGGGAGUAGACCCGCACCACGCAUUUUUAUUUGCCCGCAUGAAUGAUGACAUUAUGACAGGGUUUGACAAAUUUGCUUGGAAUCCAGGAGCCAGCUAAAAAAGUUAGGAGCCAGAAAACGCACCCCGUCCC